AUGAAAAGUGUCGAUCUCGCGUACAAAUACUGCGACGAGAAUAAAGUCCCCUAUAAACGCAAUGGUAAAUUGAUUGUGGCGGUUGAACCCGAAGAAAUUCCUCGCCUUGAGGCUUUGUUCGAACGAGCGCAGAAGAAUAACUGCAAGAAUAUAUCGAUGAUCGAUGGUUCGAAAAUAAAGGAUUAUGCUACGCAUAUUCAAGUUAGCACCUAUUCAUUCGGACACACUUAA